UGCAGCGAAUAACGUCUUCUGUCCGCACCGUCGUUGAUCUCUUGUAUCCUUUGGAACGUUGUUGACAUCGGCAAGGCUUUCGUGGAAACCUGGCCGCGAAAUCUAUCUAAUUCCCGAACCCUCACGUUCCACGAAGUCAGGCUUCAGAUGGACUCCGGUUGUUUUCAUGACACCUCCAAAUGAUGCUGCUGUUGUGCUUCUGACUUUAACCUUGUCGUUGUCAAGUGGAACAGCUGCAUCGUCAAUCAUGAGCUCAAAAUAACUCCCCACGACAGCUUACCCGAGUGCCUGCAUCCUUUUGGUGUAGACUGCUAAAUGAAGUGUCCAGGAACACUCCACGGUGCUCCUCUUGCAUCCUUGCGAACCCAGGACGUUGUUUCCUUCGCUAGGCUUACACGCGCGAGCGUUGCCAGAGAGGCCCUCUUCCAAGUCUUCAGUGUAAACGAUUGCGCAAUGUUUUCCCCAAUUGAACAGGCUCGCUCACUCACGCGCGAUAACUUAGGUCGUUCCAGCAGGCGAAAACAAGCCUUCGGUCACGGUCUCAGCCCACACAAAGCAUUUGCGCUUUUCGCUUUUCAUCGCGCUUUGGGUGUAUGCUUGGAGUUCAAGCCUAGGAUCAGGUCUGACCCGGCAAGCGGAUCCUCAAUUAGAGCACAACCAUGUGAGAACGUCGGCACCUAUUGGUUUGGCACUGUUGCAGUGAUGCCCUAGACUGGGUCAGGCACAUAACUGGUGUCUUUAACCAAUGCCGAGCAAAUCCACUGGGGCCACAGAAUAAAGAGGGUCCGUUGAAGCAGUAGGAUCCAACUUGUCGAAUCCGAUCCUUGAUUUCGAUCUAUCUCACGGACGCGUGCUCAUUCUAUGUUCGCUGGUCUCCUUCACUUCAAGUGCAACAUCUGCACGGGACUAUAAGGUCUCGCGCCCUUGAUGCUAUGGACUGAUCUCCUCUGGAAACGCUCGACAAUGCCGUCAUGACAACAGUGAAAAUUUUAGACGUCAG